CACGUCAUAUACGUCAUACGCAUCUCAUUUGAAUUUCUAUGUUAAGAAGGGAUUUAUUCAUUUACUCCAAUUUUUUCAGUUUUAUAAGAAAAAUUGCCCUGUUCCCACGAAAAAAUGUUGUGAUUUAAUGUUCAAGUACUUAAGAAGUUUUAACUUGAAAAUAAUAAAUCAAUUAGUGAAACAAUCCCUUUGAACUUAUUCAUAAGUAUGACUUACAAAUAAUAUGAAGAGAAGUCUUUUUUCAGGAAAAACUAUUUCAAUCGUAUUCAUUUUGAGUUGUUUGGUAUCAGGAAUAGUUUCUAUUCAAGAAGAUGUUGAUAAACAGCCAAAAAUUCCUUCAGAAAACUAUUCGACUCUGAAUGAAUAUGGAGAAAAAAGUAUUCUGAGUAGUCAAAGCAAUGAAAAUAAUAUAGAACAAGAUAACUUCACGUCUAAUCUAAACAUUAACAAUGAUAUUGUUGGAGUUUUAGCUGAAGUAACGUCUAAAAAUACUGGAACCUUGAAUGACAUAACAACAGAAGGUGCAACAGUCAUUGCAUCACUUCCAUCAGAGUUAAAAGUAGAAGUGGAUACACUCUCUGCAUCUAUAAUAUCUAAUCAAGAUAACAAUACAAAUAACAACGAUACAAGUCAAACGCCUGAUGUUCUUGCUUCAAAUCAGAAGGGUGAUGAUAGAGAAGAGCUAAAUGAAACAAAUGUGCCAUUUAAUGAAACCAAAGAUAUUCCGGAAGAAAUUCCAUCUUUUUCUGAGUGGGCCCAAAAAAGAUUAGAAGAAGCUGAAAAAAAUUUUAUUAAUGAGUCUAGUAACUUGGGAAAUAAUGGCAAGCUUGGAACUGGAGUUAAAUUAGGUUGGAAGAAUUAUGCUUCUCCAGAUUGCGGAGCCAAGGUGGUAGCUGCUAAUCCAGAAGCUGUGAGCGCAAGUUCGGUAAUCUCUCCAUCUAGAGAAGAAUAUAAACUGAACGUUUGUACAAAUAGAAUUUGGUUUAUAGUUGAACUUUGUGAAGCGAUUCAGGCAAAAAAGAUUGAUAUAGCGAACUUUGAAUUAUUCUCCUCAACUCCUAAAGAGUUUACUGUAUCCAUUGGUGAUCGUUUUCCAAGUAGAGAAUGGACAACAGUUGGUCAAUUCACAGCUAAAGAUGAAAGAGAUGUACAAAGCUUCGAUUUGAAUCCGCACCUAUUCGGAAGAUAUAUAAAGGUUGACGUCAAAUCACAUCAUGGAUCACAACACUAUUGUCCUAUUUCCCUAUUCAGGGUGUAUGGGAUUUCAGAAUUGGAAGUUUUACAAAAAGAAGAAUUGGCUCAUGUUGAUGAUGAUGAUAUGGAUGACAAUGAAGAUUCCUUGAAAAUAUAUAGUGAUGGUCUGACAAAAAAUAUGUUGAAUUCGGCUACCAAUGUUGUUUACUCUAUGAUUAAGAAAGCUGCUGAGGUAUUAGGUACAAAGAGCAAUGAAACUGAUAAGAAAAGAGAGGACAAUGAACAGUUUGAAUAUUCACCUUUGAUUAAUACCUGUUCAACUCCGAGUCAUCGUAUUGUCUGUACAAAUUGUAAUGAUAUUUUAUUUGGACAAGUUUAUGAACUUCUAAGUUGUCAAUAUGUCAAAAUUACGAAACUGGAACAACAGCCGCUUAUUCAUAAAUCUUUAAUGAAUUCUCAUAUUUGUCAGAGUUUUGGAUUGAAUUUGAAUAAAAGUGAUAAUCAUACAAUUUUCAGCAAAAGUUUUCAGUAUGUUGAAGCAUUCUUUUCAGAGAAGAUUUUAGCUGCAAUGUGUAAUACAUUGGCAGUUUCUGAAAACAAAGCUGUUUUGAAUAAUAGUCAACAACUCCUGAACUCCACAAAAACUGCUGAUACUGAAACCGUUGAUGAAGAAGUAGUAGAAACUACAAAAAUCGCUGGCGGUAUUGAACAAUCUAUAGAUGUUGAUUUACCAGAAAAUAAUAGUGAAAGUCAACCAACAGAUGCAUUGAAAAUAGAUUUAUCCAGUAAAACCGAUUUGCCCAAAGUAACUUGCUCAACCAGCCUGGAAUAUAGUUCACAGAUAAAACCCACAAAAACUGUCACAUUGGAUGUUUCUAUUCAAUCUUCGAAUGCCUUAAGUGGCAGUGAAACAGAUGAGAUCAUGAACCAUGUAACCAAAGUUGAUACACCUAGUGAAGCCAAUAGUGCUAUUGAUGUGAAAGUUCAAGUUUCUGAUUUCGAGGAUAAUCAAGAAAUUUUAGACACAACCGGUCCAAAUUCAGAUAUAACAACAAUUUCUCCUGAAAAUAUGGAUCACAUCGAACAUUAUAUGACAGAUAUCAAUAAUGAAAAUGGACCAUCUACUGCAACACCCGUAUCCUCUGGAAAUAAUCCAGCAGAUAGACAGAAGGAAUCUGUUUUUCUGAGGCUUUCAAAUAGAAUAAAGGCACUGGAAAGAAAUGUUUCUCUUUCUAGUCAAUACCUUGAAGAACUCAGUAGAAGAUACAAGAAACAGGUUGAAGAAAUGCAGAAACUUGAAAAAACAAUGCAGUCAAUAUUAGAAGACCGAAAAAAGCUAGAAGAUAGGAGUAAGCAGAUUGAAGAACGAUUGGAAUACUUAGUAGUAACUCUGGAAAAAUGGCCUACUUUUAUUUUUUGGUUUUUCACUACAGUGACAAUUUUUUGUGGCGUUUGUUGGAUAUGUGGAGGUGAAAGACAAAAAAUUAAAAUUGAUUCAUCCAAAGACAUAAAGCGUAGAAAGUCUGUUGAUAUUAUAACUACCAAAGAUAAGAAGAAAACUAGAAGACCAAGCGAUCAAGCUCUUAAGAUUGUAAGAUCUUCUCUCAUUGCAGAAGAAAGAAAACUAUCUUUGGAAAGAAGAAGAAAAAAAAGAAGCAACAAAGGCUUGAAACGUUCUAAUUCCAUCAAUGAGUUGGAUAUUAAUGGAUAUAGGACGAACUACCCUGAUAAACCACAGAAUUCACAUGAAGCUGAUAACAGUAUUACUAAUAAUCCUGGAGACUGGGUGGAAGAAAAUCGUAGAUUACUCGAAAUUGUUAAUUUGGAUGAGUCUGAGAACUCUUCUCUCGAUCAGUUUGGAACUAUUAUGGAACAAGAUUUUUCUCCAUAUCAUACGAAAACUGCCGUCGAUAGACGAUCGCAUAGAAUUUCUAGUCAAUUUAUAAAGCCAAAUACAAAUGGUGAUCGAGACUUUUCUCACAGUGUGCCUAAAGAAACAGCAAUUUUAGGUGAUUCCCAAAGCUCUGAAUUGAAGAAUGUAGAAAAAAAAUCUAGUCUCAACAGCAAAUUAGAUGAAAGCAAUCGUAAGAAGGAAAAAAAGAGUUUAAGAAGUGUCUUAAAAAAUGUGUUCACAUAAAAAUAUGACACUUGAAGGAUAGUGUAAAAGGGAAUUACUUAUAAGCUUAUACCUAUUUUUGAAUCAGAUGCAUUCAAAUUAAUGAAAACAAUUCCUGUCUCUUAUUUGGGAAAUACAAAUACAGAAUAUGUCUAGUAUGUACAUGCAUGAUAUAUUCAACUGAUUUGGGACAAAAUGUUCAAUUCCUGCAAGUUUGAUGAUCUGAAUGCAAUUUUUUUAUGAAUUUAUAUCUAGUUAUAUUUGUCAUAUUUUCAGAAAAAAUAAUAAUAUGCAGAAACAUUUUUAAUGUAAGGAAGCUAUAUCUGGUUAGUUUCAAUUCAUUUAUUAUGGAAUAUUGUUCCCCUUGGAUUUUAUCAGAUACUAUAUAUUUGGGGAAUAUAUGUAUACAGUUAUAUGGUGUACAAAUUGUAUAUUCUUUAUAAUUAUUUGAUGAUUCGACUGAUAUAGUAAACAAAUUGGAAUAUGAUUUUGGAAAUUGUUUCCUUAAUUCACUGCUCCAUGUUAAAUGUUUAUAGGUACUGUAAGUAAUUUUAUUGCUAAUGUUGAUGUAAUUUGUAUCAUUCCUGUAAAUGUACUAGUUUACUGAAAUUUAUUUGGCUGUUACAGUGUGAUCAAUUCAGAGUCAUUGUUACUAAUUUUUUGUUCUGGUGAAAUUUACUUAAUGAAAAUAAAUGAUGAAAGCUUCAAAAUAUAGUCACAUUGUUUCAUUAGGCUUUUGAAACGAAAUUAAAUAUCAAACUACAAAUAGAGUACUUCAAUUAAUAGGAUGAAAAACUUGAAGUGAAAUAUAAUAAUAUCCAACAAUUAACUUCCCAUAAAAAAAUGAUUUUACUAUUAAAAUCAUUGUAUUGUUCACUUAUUGAAGACUGAUGAAACAAAUAAUGAAAUAAUUCUGAGGAAUAGUAAUUUUUGUUUAUAUCUAUAUAUUUCAAAUUUGCUUUUUUUUAUAUUACCAAAUAUGAAAAUUUGAAUUUAUUUGUGUUCUAUUUAUUAGCCAUUGUUAAUGGAUGUACCAUAUUAUUGUACCAAUUGUUAAGUUGAAUUUGCAAAAUGAGUGAAUUACACAAAGAAAAUCACA